AUGCAGAACGUUGCCGGCGAGUUCAUGGACCUGUACGAGCCGCGGAAAUGCUCUGCCAGCAACCGCAUCAUCGGCGCUGAGGACCACGCGUCCAUCCUGACGAACGUGCUGAGGUUCAACCGCCAGUUAAAAACCUACGCCAUCCACGGGGCUACUCACAGGAUCGGCGAGUCAGAUGACUCCACUCUCCCACUGGCCAAGGCCAACGGCAUCAUCUCAAAGAAUUUCUGGAAAAGAUCAUGGAUGUGGAAUAUUUGUCAUAAAUAA